UCGUCUUCUCCACCAAAACGACGACAUGUUCCGCCGUGUAGUUCCUUCUUCUUCUUCUUCCGCACAAAACGGCGACAUGCUCCGUCGUGUAACAACUUCUUCCCCACUGAUACGCGAUGACUACAUCCCAAGAACCGUCGAGCAUAUCUUCAUAAAUUAUAGAUUACGUCGCGUCGGCAUGCUUCGAGCUUUCGGUACAGAUGUUGGAACUUUAUACAAUUUAUGCGAUCCGGGUUAUAAGGAGAAUCUGUCUUUAUACGGAUACCCGGAUGGGACAUGGGACGUGCAAGAAGCACGCAUGCUGCUUCCUCCUAAUCUUCCCGAGCCAACGGUUGGAAUCAACUUAGCCAGAGAUCGUAUGAGGGCUAUUGAUUGGGUGACGGUGGUGGCUGAGCACUGUGAUUCUUGGUUGCUCUCUCUUGCUUUCCUUUUCGGUGUUGGCCUUAGUCAUGAUGACAGGGAGCGUCUAUUCGAGAGGAUCAAUGGUCUCCCAACUCUUGCUGAAAAAGUGAAGGAAUACUAUCCAGGACAGUUAAUCCAAUCAAGGAUCCAGCAAGCAAAUCUAGAAAACUAGAUUGAUAGAGGAAGAGAGAGAGAGCUCUUCACAUGGUUUAGGUAUUGAACAACAAGGUUUUAUGUACAUAUUAGCUGUUUCAAGAACUCAUAUAUCGAAACAUUUCAACUGAGUAUACUUGAAUCUCAACAAUAGAGUUGUAACACUGUUUCAAAAAAAUCAAGGUUCAUUGAAAAGUAAAAAAAAAUCUUUAAACAGUAGCGUUGGGUAACCUAGAGGUUUCUUGAAAGGCAAGCUUCAGAUAAUAAUGGGCCAGGCCCAUGCAAAGUAGGCGUAAUAAAUUGCCUAUUAAACUCAAAGACCAGAGAGAAAGAAAAAGCUGUUACUGUUGUUCUUCUUCUUCUUCUUCUUCUUCUUCUUACAUCUCUUCAUGUCCUGACGCACCGCACGCAUCGGUUUUGAAUACCAUUGAUACUGACCUCAAAUCCAAUCUUUAACACCACUGAUCUACCUCUCAAAGCUCACUGACUCUUACUUCUGUACCCUUUCUUCGUUUCCUUCUACAUCUAUGGCUGCUACUGAGUCCUCUAACCUCACACCGUGGAAGAGAUCUUCAAAGAUGGUAUGCAGCGUCAAGAUUGGCUCUCUUUAGUUGCUGUCCACAGUGAUUGUUGGCUUCUCUAUGUUUCUUCCUACUUUGGCGCUCGGCUCAGUAGCAAUGAGAAGUAUGUAACUUUCUUUCACACAUAUUGUUUCUUUGCUUGUUUUUGGUAUAUUCAUGUUUGAACAUUCAACAAUGACGCAUAGACUCGUGACCAGUUGCUUAUCAUUAUAAUCAAUGAUUGCAUUCAUUACCAAAUGUGUUUGUAUAUGUAUUUUUUUUUUUUUGGUAAAAUGUUUGUAUAUGUAUUGACUCUACUCUCAUCGUUUAAUUGUGUAAUCAUGUUAAGGUUAUUAAAAAAUUUAUCUUAUGCACUAA